UUAUUUCGAGAGAUUCAGAUCACAAAAAACGGCCCAUCCCCGUUCUCCAACACACACGAACGGCGUUCUGUUCUCAGACUUUUAUUUUGAAACGUAAGACUUCAGGAACGUCACAAACAUGGCAACAGAAAUGAGUUCCUUCAAGGCUUGUGGGUGUAAGGUGUACAGAACCGCGAACGCGUUAGAUAAUGCUAUAUGAACGUUUAACAUACGCAGGAUGACAACGAUAUUUCGUUUGGUUAUUCCUUUCUAAACUGACGUCCAAAGCACUAUGGCACACACUGCUGACCAUUCUUUAAUCAAACUGUUUAAUCUGCGGGUGCUGAACAGCCUCGCGCUCGUCAUACGCUUAUUUCUGGUGGGCUAUGGGGUUUAUCAAGACAAAACCAUGGUGGUCAAAUACACUGAUAUUGACUAUCACGUGUUUACAGAUGCUUCACGGUUUGUGACACAGGGUGAGUCUCCAUACAACAGGUCCACCUACCGCUACACUCCUCUCCUCGCAUGGAUGCUGUUGCCCAAUAUCUAUGCAACCCCACACUUUGGGAAGCUGCUCUUUGUCACUUGUGAUGUACUCUCAGGGGUCUUGUUGUACCACAUCUUGUGUCUUCGAGGUUUAUCCAGUGAUGCAGCCUGUCGUUUCUGUGCUCUCUGGCUGCUUAACCCUUUACCGAUAGGUGUGUCCACACGUGGAAACGCUGAGGCACUCCUGUCUCUUUUGGUCCUGGCCACACUAUUGUGUCUUGAGCUAAAGAGAUUUUUUAUGGCAGCAUUUUUCUACGGACUGUCUGUCCAUAUGAAAAUCUACCCUGUAACAUAUGCCCUUCCUAUCGCUCUCUACAUAUCAACUCAUGGGAAAUUGGAGGCUCAGAAGAGAGGUGUUUUCAGGAUGUUGCAAAGGCUUUUCAAUAAGGAACUGGUCCUGUUCGCAGCUGUGGCAGGAGCUGUGUUUUUCUGGCUAACUUUAGCCUUUUAUUGCUUGUAUGGCUGGGAUUCCCUUCAUGAAACCUACCUCUAUCAUUUAACAAGACGGGACAUCCGUCAUAAUUUCUCUCCCUACUUCUACAUGAUUUACUUGACAGCGGAGAGCCAAUGGAGCUUGGUUCUGGGCCUGGUGUCCUUCCUACCCCAGCUUGUCCUUGUGCUCCUCACCUCUCUGGCCUUCCAUGCAGACUUGCCCUUCUGCUGCUUUCUCAACACAGCUAUUUUUGUCAGUUUCAAUAAAGUCUGCACCUCACAGUAUUUUCUGUGGUACCUGUGUUUCCUGCCACUCAUCCUGCCGCGUUUGAGGCUCUCAAAAAAGCAAGGGGUUGGACUUCUGCUGCUGUGGUUUGCUGGCCAGGCCAUCACUUGCCAGGAAUCCUGAGGUGCUGUCCAGGAGGCAACGCACUCUCGAGAUGAAGCAACGAUUAAGGAAGGAGGAAAACUCUGGAGGAACGCCACCUGUUUCUUGAGAGUGGAAUAAGCUGCUGACCACGAAAUCCUCACCUAUGAGUCAAACAUUUGACAGAUACAAGUCAUUGCUGAAGGUCAUCUGUUGUUGCAGGGCCAAGCAGGAAGAAAAAACAACUACUGUAAAGAGAAAUACUAAUAUAGUAUAUGAAGCAUGUAUAGUGCACAGACAAUACUGACACAAUCCUUCUACUUUGGUUAACUAAUUAGUGUUUAUGUAUCCCAAGUAUUUAUGAUGUUUAAUGAUGUGUAAAUCAUAACCUACCAGUUCCUGUGGCCAGGUGUUGAUUAGAGGCCAUCUGCUGUGAAGGGUUCAUGGCCCAGUGGAGCUGUCGCCUAAACUCCUGCCUGUCAUCUACAUGGAUGUAUUCAAAGAUGUUCUGGUGCAUCACAUCAGUCUACAAAAAGAGGGAGUGAGAGAGUGAGAGAGUGAGGCAAGGACGUACAAUAAGAUGGAGAGGGAGACCACUAUAUUAGGUACCAGAGGUGUUGCCUGGCCUGGUAUAUUUUUUAUCCAGCCCAUGAACCUUAUAAUGUUAACAUAUCACACAUUUCACCCUGGCACACUUGCACAUCAUUCUCAUCAUCCAAUCUUUCAUUCAAGGGCACAUUUACCCAGUCCUAGAGCUCUUCACAUGAAACUAUGGAGAAAUUCGCUCAUUAGAAAACAGGCCCAAGGCAAACCUGACUUGCGAGUGAAAAAUCACCCCUCAUAUGGUUUUUUGAUUGAGUAGAUCUCCAAGAUGUUAAUAAAGACACUAAUUUUAUCGGGUCCACUUACCAUAUAGGCUCACUUUGUAGGUAUGCAGUUAUUGCCACUACCUAUAUGACGUCAUUGCUGUGCUAAGCACCACCCAAAUAAAAUCAUGUCCUGUGGUGGUCUGGAUGGCUGACACAUUGUGCACAGUAGUAGACUGUCUGCGGUCUGUAAUCGUCCUAAUGGUAGAUGUACCUGAUAAAAUAACCAAUGACUAGGUUUCUGGUAGGUAUACCUAAUAAAUGGGCAAAAGGUUUGAAAGAGAGGUGGUGGCUGUGUUAAUGAGGGCUUUUUCUUUGGUGCCCCUGUCGCUUAACCUCUCUACCACUUCCGUGAAUCAGAGAGAGGAAAGGGGAAGGUAGUAUGAUGCAAUACCUCAAUGACAUCUGACCCAUGAUAACUCUCAUGCUGACCGCUGGCUUUACAUUGGAAAAGUUAAGUUUUGGUUUUUACUUUGGUCACAGAAUGCCUAUCUUAUGUGAUAGAUACUGGCUUAUAUAAUAGAUAUGAUAGUAUUCACUGGCUCCUUUAUUAGGUACACGACCCUUGUAUCUAUGCUCACUGUCCAUUAUGUAUGAGGAUACAGUAUAUGCACUUUGUAGUUCGAUAUCUGUAUCUCUGCCUAAUAUAUUAGUCUUUUCUUCAACCUGUUCACCAAUGGUCAGUCCCCCCCACAGGGCAGGUUAGUGUGUGUGCGCUCUUGACAGAGUGCUGCUGGAGUUUUUAAAUAAAUCAGUGUCACUGCUGGGCUGUGAACAGCCAGCCAACCAAAAAUAUCCAGUCAACAGCUUUCUCUGACCAGAUGCUGACCCCUGAUAAAGGACAAGAAGAUGACAAAAGCAAACUAUGCAGCAAUGGAUGUACUAUAGCCUGUAACUUUACAUCUAAAAGGUGAAUAAAUGUGGAAGGUGUCUGAUUACGGUGACUAAUAUCGACACAACACCCACUAACAUGCAAAUACCAUGUCAGUACCGAGAAUGAUAAUACCUGCUCAGUGAUGGUCCUGUUGGCUUCCUGACCAUUGUUAAAUGGGGUAAAGAAAGGCUAAUAAAUUAUUAUGCGAAUAAUAAACGUAGGUGUGCCUAAUAAUGUGGCCAGUGAAAAUAUGUCAUUACUGUGAUGUGUAUAUACAAUAUUACACGUAAAUCCAUUAUUUUAGUAAAUGAUUUCAAUAUC